AUGAAGUCAUUGAUGACUACUGUUCUUACGGUGCUUUUAGUUUCGUUGAUCUGGAUAGGUGGUCACUGGGAUGGAACCCUUGGUGCAGGCUGCAGUGCAGCUGAAAGGGAAGCACUUUUGAAGUUCAAGGCUGAUCUUGAAGACCCUCGUAGCUGGCUAUCAUCUUGGGUUGGCCAAGGGGAUUGUUGUACAUGGUCUAGCGUCGUCUGUGACAAUCACACUGGCCAUGUUACCCAACUCCAUCUAGGGUUGCCGCGACCUUCUUACUGGCAUAAUUCUGUGCUUAGUGGUAAGCUCAACCCUUCCUUGCUUGAAUUGAAGUAUCUGGGUUAUUUGGAUCUGUCCUACAACGACUUUCAUGGUAUUCCAAUUCCAAGCUUUCUUGGUUUGAUGGCUAGUUUAAAUACCCUUUACCUUGAUGGAGCUGGGUUUGGAGGACUGAUUCCUCAUCAGUUGGGGAACCUCUCGAAGCUGCAGCAACUUGGUAUCGAGGCUGCUGCCGACUAUGUGCUAUAUGCUGAUAGUUUGUCGUGGCUUUCUGGUCUCUCUUCACUAGAAUUCCUUGAUUUGAGUAAAGUUGAUCUUAGUAAUGCUUCUGACUGGCUGGACUUGAUAAUCACAAUGCCAUCCCUUUCAGAAUUGUAUCUAUCACACUGUCAAAUUCUUCAUAUCCCGCCCCUCGCCAAUGUUAACCUGUCUUCUUCGUUGUCUGCUCUAAGUUUGUAUCACAAUCAAUUUGGUCAGACUUUUGUUCCAAGUUGGGUUUUUCAUCUUAAGAACCUUACUUACUUGAAUCUAGCUGACAACACAUUCGCUGGCACGAUUCCUGCACAACUUCAAAACCUUAUAUCCCUAAGGACCCUUGACUUGUCUUUCAAUUAUUUCAAUCAUUCGGUGCCAAACUGGCUUUACGGUUUGCAUCAUCUGGAGAAGCUCGAUCUAUACAGUAAUAAAUUGGAUGGCAGAGUCUCAACUGAGAUUGGAAACUUGUCUUCUCUUAUUUACCUUGAUAUGUCAGUCAAUUAUGGCCUUGAAUUUGAAAGGGGGAUUCCUGAUUCAUUCAAAAGCUUAUGCCAGUUGAGGUCACUUUCUCUGCAACAUGUAAAACUAAAUCAAAAUGUAUCUGAGUUACUUGAAAUCCUUGGAGUAUGUGCUUCUGGUACUUUGCAGGAGUUGUCUCUGCCUAGUUGCCAACUGCAUGGUCAGUUGACUGAUCGAAUCGGCAUGUUCAAGAAUCUUAACCUUCUCAAGCUCCAGAACAAUUCUAUUUCUGGUCCACUCCCGAUUUCAUCUGGAGAAAUGAAAUCUUUGUACCAUGUAGACCUUUCAAGAAACAAGAUAAAUGGAAGGUUUCCAACGAGUUUUGGGGCACUGGCAGGUUUGAUUUAUGUGGAUGUGGAUAUCUCUCAGAAUGCAAUUCAUGGUGUUGUUCUCCCUGAAAUUCACUUUGCCAACCUCACAAAGUUGGCUUACUUUUUUGCGUCGGGAAAUCAUAUGGUGUUCAAAGCUAAACCAGAUUGGGUUCCUUCCAGGCAUAUUCAAAUUCUGAACUUGGAGUCCUGGUAUGUUGGACCUGGAUUUCCUCAUUGGCUCAAAGGUCUGCAAUAUCUGAGUUCUCUUGAUCUGUCUAACUCUGGAAUUUCAGAACAAUUCCUGACUGGUUCUGGAGCAUGUCGUCUCGAUUCUAUUAUCUGA